AAAAAAACUGAAAUAAAAUGCGUACUUUCGCCUUAGUAUCGUUCGCUGUUAUCUUAUUGGUCAAGAACACAGAAGCGAUGAUACCAGCGUACUCCGUCUCCGCAUUACGUUUGGCCUUCGACGAAAUCGCCACAGUACUACCAAUAGCGAACCAACUCGCCUGUCUGCUCCUACCAUUUCUAAUUAACCUCAUAAACAACCUCAACAACCUGUCCAACAUCGUGCAGAACCUCACGCCGGCAUUAUUACCGUAUUUCGGAUGCACCCUACCUUUGCUAUACGCGACACUGACAGAUUUAGCAUCUGUGUUAUUCCUCUACAUCAGCGUUCUGAUUUCGCUGUUCCGAUCGAAUGUUUUAGCAGCUCCUGGGCUUUUGAUGGGACUCGUGUCACAAGUGCUGAAUCUUGUGCUCAGUCUACUGACAGGACUGUCAGAUGGUACUGGUUUGCUGAGCGGACUCAUCAAACUAAUCACGAAUGUCUUGGUGGAGUUGGAGAAACUUCUUCUGUAG